AUGGCCGGCUCCAGCGGCGGAUCAACAGGCGGGGACGAGAGCCCAAGUCAUUCCACACAAGAUUAUCAAGAUCACAAGCCGCUUCCCAAGUUGCGCGGAUCGCGCGGUCAGGCUCUUCCCACAAUAAUCACCCAACUUCCUCCCAGAAAACAAGCCAAGACCGAGGAUGAAAAGGAGCAACGGCGCAUCGAGCGCAUCCUGCGGAACCGCCGCGCAGCGCAAUCCUUCCGGGACCGGAAAAAGCUCGAGUUUGAGGCUAUCGAGAAGCGCAACAUGGAGCUGGAGAAGCAGCUCCGCGACAGCCAGAGCUCCAAGCGGAAACUAGCCCAGGAACUAAGUCGCCUCCGGAAGCAGAUGAACCAGUCCACCGACUCGGUCCGCUCCAAAACUACCUACCAGCGCCCAACCAUACUCGUGUCGCACUCGUCCCAAGCCGACACCAACUCGGCCGCCUCCGACAUGAGCGACGAGGCCACCGCUCCCGCUCCCGCUCCCGCCCUCGCCCAGAGGAGGAAUCGCGAUCCGGACGCCCAGUCCCAGUCCUCGCGAGUCAGCUGGAUGUUCCCGACGGAGACGUCGCGCGACUCCGAGGAUCUCAUAUCACAGACGUACGAGGCCACGGCCGAGCAGUACCCUAGCCCGCCCAAGGAGCUGUCGCACUGCGUCAACAAGGAGAACUGGCCGGCCUCACAGGCCAUGUACGAGCCUGACCCGGUGCCGCACUACAAUGAUUCGGGUUUCUUCCUCUCCUCCACGUACGAGCAAAGGGACAUGUUGUGCCCCUGGUCGGAGAACUGUCAAAACUUCCCAGACGCGGGUCACUGUUGCGAUGACAUUUUCUGCCCCGACCAGCCCUUGGCGGCAGAGUGCAUGGGUGCCGCCGGGCCGGAUUUCGGCGGCUUGGAGUUCAUGCUGAACGACAAGAGGGGCAACUUCCACGCCGACAAGGUUGGGAACAAGUUGGACUUGGUGAUGGGGAUUCCCUCGCCGGCGGUGUCGUCUGGGCUGCAAUAUCCCCAGCUGGCUCCUGCGCAGCAGCAGCAGCCGGUGUUUAAUGACGAGUGGGCUUUUCUAAAUGUACAUAGUUUUAGAUGA